CAUAAAGCCUCAGGUCACUUGGUCAUAUGACGCAGAACAACAUCACUGCUCUUAUGGGAAACUGGGGUGUAAUUAACAUGGUGGGAAUAAUGUUAUAAAUACAGACACAACGGUGAUAUGUUGGUAUUGACACUAAGUUAUCUGAUCAUCACAUCUUCAUCGGGCUCUGGUUGAUGUCCGGUCAUCAAGGUUGAUUAUCUACUGAUGUCUAAAAUCAGCCAGAUGACUCAGGUUCAUGAAAAUUAUUCACUUCUCUGUGAAGACCCCGUCUAUUACUCCAACGUCAUCGGUAUCACAGUGGACUGGGUGUUGUUCCUUGUUGGGCUACCUGAGGUCUGCCUGGCCUGCUACGCUCUACUUUGUCUCCUAAAGAAGGACAAAGUAGCACCAGUCUUCGUUCUAAACCUGCUCUUGUCAGAUCUCCUUCAGAUCGGGAUCACAGGUGUCUUCAUUGUGAGCAGAUUUUAUGAUCCCACCUACUACCCGUUCCUCAGAGCCCGCUGCAUAUCACGUCUCUUUAUCCGCCUCGGCCUCACCUCCAGUCUGAGCUUCAUGCAGCUGAUUUCUGCAGAGAGAUUCGUGAUGGUGGCCUGUCCUUUGUGGUACCGCACAAAGAACAGUCUGACGUUGUCUAUCCUGAUCUCAGUUUGCAUAUGGAUCCUCUCACUGGUCUACUCCUCUUUGGAUUAUUACUUAUUGAGCCACACUAGAUACCCUUUGUUGCUGUUUGCCAUCGUCUGCCUCUUCCCUGCUCCGUUUCUGCUGGGACUGUAUAUCGCCACAUGGAAAGCUCUCCACAAGAGUGCUGCCAUGAGACAUGGAACCAAGAACAGGAGGAGAGUUUUGGGGGUUCUCAGUUUGAUGUUGGGGACGUACAUUGUUUCCUUCUUCCCAUUUAUUAUCAGGAACCUGUAUUACUCUCUGAAAGCUGACGAUGACUCAGAUAAAGAGGACCUGGUCAAGGAUUUGUCAGGUGUUUUGACCAGCGCUCUGGUCUAUCUCAGCCCUUUGGUCGACUCUGUGCUCUAUAUCUUUAUUAGGAGUGACAUUGGAGACACUUUGGAAGCAUUUUCCUGCUGCAGAACGGCUCUGAUGAAGCUAAAAGGAUUUAAGGACUCUCCUUGGUCAGAGACGACUUCAUAAUUGAUUAAGUAAUUGGUUUGUAAAGGGAACUGCCUCCAAGAAGGAGUUUUAAAUCACACUACUUGUGCCAUGGUUUAGUCUGAAUCAUCUGUUUUAUCCACAUUACAUUUAAAUAAUUCUAGGGAAACUAAUUCAUCACUCCUCAAGUCCAAAACUCAACUUAUUCAGAGAAUGUCUUUAAAUCAGAUGGGGGUUAUAACUAGACAGGGAAGUCACAUUUAAAUACUAAAUGUUCGAAUAACAAAGAAACAUUUUUAUACUUCAAUCACUGGAGUUACACGGUGGAACAGACUGGAUGUGGAGCUAAAGCAAUAUCAGAGUCUACUCCGGUUUAAAUAUAGGUAUUAAGAAAUGUCUGUCAUGGAGAUACAGGGAGGAGGGGGAGCAGCUUUCAUGAUCACAAUGGGUUUGAUUUCAUUAAUAUUCUCAUAGAUCAGAAUGUAGUUAUGUGUAAAUUAUGGGUAUGUAAGCAUGUCCAUAGCUUUGUAUAUGAAUAAUUUAUUGUGUAUCUAUAUUAGCUUUAUUCAAAUGAAAGGAAAUUGUGCAGGUAUUUGUUAAAUGUAAUGAUGCUACUUAUAAAAAUAAGACAGUCUCAGGGUUUCAUGAGUUGAUUAAGAAUUAUUUCAGAGUUAUUGACAGAAAGUAACCCCCCAAAAAAGGGAUAUCAUUUAAUACAUUUAAAAAAUGUUUGAAAUAAAGAUAUCAAUCAA